AGCAGAUGAGGUGAAAGAGCACCCCUUCUUUCAAGGGACUGACUGGCAAUUAGUUUAUCUCCAAAAGUACCCCCCUCCACUCAUCCCACCAAGGGGGGAAGUAAAUGCUGCUGAUGCUUUUGAUAUUGGUUCAUUUGAUGAAGAAGACACGAAAGGCAUUAAACUUACUGAGGCAGAUCAGGAGCUCUACAAAAACUUUCCUGUUGUGAUUUCUGAUAGAUGGCAACAAGAAAUAUCUGAGACGAUCUUUGAAACUGUCAAUCAGGAGACGGAUAAAGCAGAACAAAAGAAACGAGCUAAGAUGAAGAUGAAGUUUGAAGAUGAAAAAGAAUCGGACUGUAUUAUUCAUGGUUAUAUUAAAAAGCUUGGUGGCCCUUUUGCUUCCGCGUGGCAGACCCGAUACGGUAAACUGUACCCUAAUCGAUUGGAGCUUCACACAGAGUCGGGAAGUGCUAAGCCAGAGUUAAUCUUCAUGGACCAAAUAGAUGAAGUCUGUUCAGAGUAUGUACAAGUAAAAGGAGAACAGUGCGUUGUCUUGAAGAUGAAAGUCGAGAGAGAGCGUGAUGCCAAGGUAGUACUUACUAACUCGGAUGAGAUAGGGCUGAAGGAGUGGCUUAUUGCUCUAAAGUCCACUCACAGGAGUUCUCUGGAACUGCUUGGGAGCAUGGCUAAAAAAGCAGGGAAAAUUUACGGUACUGAUACCAACAAUAAGAAUAAUAUUGUUACUAGAAAUACCAGUGAAAAUUGACAGGAAAAUCAGGGCCAUAAUGUUUUAUUCCAGAACCUAAAUAUAAAAUGCUCACAAUUUCGAGACUUCAGAAAAACAGGAUCUUGUAUUAAUGGGAAAGAAGACAUCAUCUGGUCCAGGAAGUUAUUCUUUUUCUCCGUGGACCUAGGAUUUGGCUCAAGACCUCGACCAGAAAGUUUCUGUUAACACAAAGUACAACCCCGAUUUUUUCUUCUUCUCUUCUAUAUUUGUUUGCGCGCAUAUCAAGGUGUUAAACAGCUUACAGUUGUGAUACUGUUUCAGAACUGGUCUAGCAAGCUAGAAACGUAUCACCGCAACAGGGAUAACUGGCAUUAUUCCUAUGUUCACGUUGCGUUGUUUCCGAACCUCAGUGCAGGAAGACUUUUUUAUUGGCUCUAGUGUCUUUAUUUCUUAUAUAACACUAAUUUAUUCUUUUACCAUGUCAUUUUUUUUUUUGCACUUUUGUUUUGGUUUCAUUAAAUAAUUUCUUACAUUUGGAGGUGACAUUCUUCUAAUAGUUUGUGUCACACAGCUUCAGCUUCGAUACUACUUGAUCAGCUGGCCUGACAGUUGAAGUAAAAUAUUUUUACAGGGUGUAAUAUAUGGAAAACAAUGUAAUGUAAAAUUAUCAUUUUAAUUAGUGUUAUUUAUUUCCAGCCACUGUUUUGACUCCAACUAAUUAUUGUGACUUAGAACUCUUCACUGCCACUAGUGGCCAUAUGUAUCACAUUAAAUUGUUUUAACUUGUGCUAUGUGAAGUUUUUUUUUUUCUUGCUUUGUACAGUGUUUUAAGAUGGUUGAAUUUGAAAUAACAAAUUAAGCUUGUGAAAACCAUAGUUGAGUAAAAAUUCGUUUUGACUUGUAUAAAGCACUGUUGACAUUUUACAGGCUGAUGGUUACAUUUAGUACUCAAAACGUUCUUUGUGCUUCUUCUGGAUUCCCAUAGUAACAUCCAGUGAAAGAUCCCAGAAUGCCGAUGGUUACAGUUAGUACUUAAGAUGUGUUUUGUGCUUCUUUUAUCUGUAAAUGAAAGAUCCCAGGCUUAAGUUCAAAUUUACUCAAGGAGAGAACAUUUCUCAUGCAGUGAUGUUACAUAAUUUGUUUUUUAUGUAUAUAUAUAUAUAUAUAUAUAUAUAUAU